UUCUGCUGUCAAGUAGCCAGGGUGGGCUCCGCCGAGGCGAGGAGGGGCGCCGGUGGGGAGAUGCGCUCCCAGGUGUUUGCAGUGGAAGUGGGAAACCUGUAGGGUAUGGUCCAGCUGUGUCGCACCGAGGCGAGCAGGAGCAGGGAACAGGUGUUUAAUAUUAUCCAACUGCCAUAAAGCUAAAUUAUUUUUUGGAAAAUAGAACUGAACUACUGAAUACAAGAUGAAAAUGUGGUUGCUGGUCAAUCAUCUUGUAAUAAUAUCUAUUACUACCUGUCUAGCAGAGUUUACAUGGUACAGAAGAUAUGGUCAUGGAGUUUCUGAGGAAGACAAAGGAUUUGGACCAAUUUUUGAAGAGCAGCCAAUCAAUACCAUUUAUCCAGAGGAAUCACUGGAAGGAAAAGUCUCACUCAACUGUCGGGCACGAGCCAGCCCAUUCCCGGUUUACAAGUGGAGAAUGAAUAAUGGGGACGUUGAUCUGACCAGUGAUCGAUACAGUAUGGUAGGAGGAAACCUUGUUAUCAACAACCCUGACAAACAGAAAGAUGCUGGAAUCUACUACUGUUUAGCAUCCAAUAGCUACGGGAUGGUCAGAAGCACUGAAGCAACCCUGAGUUUUGGAUAUCUUGAUCCUUUCCCACCUGAGGAACGUCCCGAGGUCAGAGUAAAAGAAGGGAAAGGAAUGGUGCUGCUCUGUGACCCUCCAUACCAUUUUCCAGAUGACCUUAGCUACCGCUGGCUUCUAAAUGAAUUUCCUGUAUUUAUCACAAUGGAUAAACGACGAUUUGUGUCUCAGACAAAUGGCAAUCUCUACAUUGCAAAUGUUGAGGCUUCCGACAAAGGCAAUUAUUCCUGCUUUGUUUCCAGUCCUUCUAUUACAAAGAGCGUGUUCAGCAAAUUCAUCCCACUCAUUCCAAUACCUGAACGAACAACAAAACCAUAUCCUGCUGAUAUUGUAGUUCAGUUCAAGGAUAUAUAUGCAUUGAUGGGCCAGAAUGUGACCUUAGAAUGUUUUGCACUUGGAAAUCCUGUUCCAGAUAUCCGAUGGCGGAAGGUUCUAGAACCAAUGCCAAGCACUGCUGAGAUUAGUACCUCUGGGGCUGUUCUUAAGAUCUUCAAUAUUCAGCUGGAAGAUGAAGGCAUCUAUGAAUGUGAGGCUGAGAACAUUAGAGGAAAGGAUAAACAUCAAGCAAGAAUUUAUGUUCAAGCAUUCCCUGAGUGGGUAGAACAUAUCAAUGACACAGAGGUGGACAUAGGCAGUGAUCUUUACUGGCCUUGUGUGGCCACGGGGAAGCCCAUCCCUACCAUCCGAUGGUUGAAAAAUGGAUAUGCGUAUCAUAAAGGGGAAUUGAGACUGUAUGACGUGACUUUUGAAAAUGCUGGAAUGUAUCAGUGCAUAGCUGAAAACACACAUGGAGCCAUUUACGCAAAUGCUGAGUUGAAGAUCUUGGCAUUGGCUCCAACUUUUGAAAUGAAUCCUAUGAAGAAAAAGAUCCUGGCUGCUAAAGGUGGAAGGGUGAUAAUUGAAUGCAAACCGAAAGCCGCACCUAAACCAAAGUUUUCAUGGAGUAAAGGGACAGAGUGGCUUGUCAAUAGCAGCAGAAUACUCAUUUGGGAAGAUGGUAGCUUAGAAAUCAAUAACAUUACAAGGAAUGAUGGAGGUAUCUACACAUGCUUUGCAGAAAAUAACAGAGGAAAAGCUAAUAGCACUGGAACCCUUGUUAUCACAGAUCCCACGCGAAUUAUAUUGGCCCCAAUUAAUGCCGACAUCACAGUUGGAGAAAAUGCCACCAUGCAGUGUGCUGCGUCCUUUGAUCCUGCCUUGGAUCUCACAUUUGUUUGGUCCUUCAACGGCUAUGUGAUCGAUUUUAACAAAGAGAAUAUUCAUUACCAGAGGAAUUUUAUGCUGGAUUCCAAUGGGGAACUGCUCAUUCGAAAUGCACAGCUGAGACACGCUGGAAGAUAUACAUGCACUGCCCAGACAAUUGUGGACAAUUCUUCAGCUUCAGCUGACCUUGUCGUGAGAGGCCCUCCAGGCCCUCCAGGUGGUCUGAGAAUAGAAGACAUUAGAGCCACUUCCGUAGCACUGACUUGGAGCCGGGGUUCAGACAAUCAUAGUCCUAUCUCUAAAUACACUAUUCAGACCAAGACUAUUCUUUCAGAUGACUGGAAAGAUGCAAAGACAGAUCCCCCAAUUAUUGAAGGAAAUAUGGAGGCAGCAAGAGCAGUGGACUUAAUCCCAUGGAUGGAGUAUGAAUUCCGCGUGGUGGCAACCAAUACAUUGGGUAGAGGAGAGCCCAGUAUACCAUCUAACAAAAUUAAAACAGAUGGUGCUGCACCAAAUGUGGCUCCUUCAGAUGUAGGAGGUGGAGGUGGAAGAAACAGAGAGCUGACCAUAACAUGGGCACCUUUGUCAAGAGAAUACCACUAUGGCAACAAUUUUGGUUACAUAGUGGCAUUUAAGCCGUUUGAUGGAGAAGAAUGGAAAAAAGUCACAGUUACUAAUCCUGACACUGGCCGAUACGUCCAUAAAGAUGAAACCAUGAGCCCUUCUACUGCAUUUCAAGUCAAAGUGAAGGCCUUCAACAACAAAGGAGAUGGACCGUACAGCCUAGUAGCAGUCAUUAAUUCAGCACAAGAUGCUCCCAGUGAAGCCCCAACAGAAGUAGGUGUAAAAGUCUUAUCAUCUUCUGAGAUAUCUGUUCACUGGGAACAUGUUUUAGAAAAAAUAGUGGAAAGCUAUCAGAUUCGGUACUGGGCUGCCCAUGACAGAGAAGAAGCUGCAAACAGAGUUCAAGUCACCAGCCAAGAGUACUCGGCCAGGCUGGAGAACCUUCUGCCAGACACCCAGUAUUUUAUAGAAGUUGGGGCCUGCAAUAGUGCAGGGUGUGGACCUCCAAGUGACAGGAUUGAGGCUUUCACCAAGAAAGCACCUCCUAGCCAGCCUCCAAGGAUCAUCAGUUCAGUAAGGUCUGGUUCACGCUAUAUAAUCACCUGGGAUCAUGUCGUUGCACUAUCAAAUGAAUCUACAGUGACAGGAUACAAGGUACUCUACAGACCUGAUGGCCAGCAUGAUGGCAAGCUGUAUUCAACUCAUAAACACUCCAUAGAAGUCCCAAUACCCAGAGACGGAGAAUAUGUUGUGGAGGUUCGCGCACACAGCGAUGGAGGAGAUGGAGUGGUGUCUCAAGUCAAAAUUUCAGGUGCACUCACCCUGUCUCCAAGUCUUCUCGGCUUACUGCUGCCUGCCCUUGGCAUCCUUGUCUACUUGGAAUUCUGAAUGUGUUGUGACAGCUGCUGUUCCCAUCCCAGCUCAGAAGACACCCUUCAUCCCUGGGAUGACCACAAUUCCAAUUUCUGUGGCUCCAUCCUAAGCCAAAAAAAUUAUACUUUAACAAACUAUUCAACUGAUUUACAACACACAUGAUGACUGAGGCAUUCAGGAACCCCUUCAUCCAAAAGAAUAAACUUUUAAAUGGAUAUAAAUGAUUUUUAACUCGUUCCAAUAUGCCUUAUAAACCACUUAACCUGAUUCUGUGACAAUUGCAUGAUUUAACCCAAUGGGACAAGUUACAGUGUUCAAUUCAAUACUAUAGGCUGUAGAGUGAAAGUCAAAUCACCAUAUACAGGUGCUUUAAAUUUAAUAACAAGUUGUGAAAUAUAAUAGAGAUUGAAAUGUUGGUUGUAUGUGGUAAAUGUAAGAGUAAUACAGUCUCUUGUACUUUCCUCGCUAUUUUGGGUACUGCAUAUUAUUGAAUGGCCCCUAUCAUUCAUGACAUCUUGAGUUUUCUUGAAAAGCCAAUAGAGUGUAACAAAUGCUGUCAUAAAUCCCAUGAUCAAAUCAUGAGUUGAAAGAUUUUGAUUACUGAAAACCAAAUUCUAGAACUUACUAUCAGUAUUCUUAUUUUCAAAGUAAGUAAUUUUCUAAAUAUUUGAUUUUCAGAAUCAGUUUUUUAAUAGUAAACAUACCAUAUAAAGAUUUUUUUUACUUUUAUAUUCUACUCUGAAGUUAUUUUAUGCUUUUCUUAUCAAUUUCAAAUCUCAAAAAUCACAGCUCUUAUAUAGAGUAUCAUGAUAUUGCUAUAUUUGUUCAUAUGUGGAAUGAUAAAUUUAGAAAAGUAGAGUGCUUCCUUUUUUAUUGAGCGGUGACAGUCAUUACACAGUUAGGAACAAGUGACAGUUAAGUGAAUAUCGCAAUUACUAGUACUUUGGUUUUUCUGCUUUAUUCCUAAGUAUAACUUUUUUACUACAAAUGUCAGAUCAAAAAGUCACCUAUAGGCUGAAAAAGCUCCAGUAUUCUUUUUUAAAAUUAGUUGUAAGCUCAUUUCCCACUUCAAUGCAAUACUGAAAACUGGCUAAAAAUACCAAAUCAAUAUAUUGCUAAUAGUACUUUGAAGAGUAUGCAAAACUGGAAGGCCAGGAGGAGACAAAUAAUAUGUCUUUCCGAUUGUGUCUCCCAAGUGUUGGUGCUUUGGGUUUUUAUAAGUUAUGAAAAGGAAGAUGCACAUUUCUUCAUUCUCCAUGGUGUGCACGGAAAUAUGUUUGAGUAUGGAUGUGAAAGAAAUCGAGUAAUAAAGAAUUAGCUGGCUCAUGAAAUAGUGCAAUGUUGGAUGCUUCAAGAGGUAUAAUCCUAUUUUAUUAGCACAAACUUGCUAGCUAAUUAGAGUUUAUCUUUUUAGAAAGGAUACCGUAUAGGUUCGUAAAAAAUAUUUACAGGAAGCAAAAUAGAUCUAUUACUACUUUACCCCUUUUUCUUUAAUUUGUAUAAUUUUUGUACUAUAUAUCUAUGUGUAAAUGUUUAGAGCCUUCAUUAUGAAAAUAUCAAUAAAUAUUUCAUUAGUUUACAUUUAACUCUUUGUUAUAAAAUGAAACUUUUAAAAAUAAGUGAAAUGGAUGAUUUCCCAGUGGAAGUAUGUCAACAGUCUUAAGAUCAUUGCCAGAUUUCAUAAUAUUUAAGUAUUUGAAAAAGAAACAAAAUGUCUUCAUACUUUAAGGAAACGAAUACUCUGUAUACCUUCUGUACAAAUGUUUGUGUUUUCAUUGUUACACUUUGGGGUUUUACUUUUGCAAUGUGACCUAUGUUGGGCAUUUUUAUAUAAUCAACAACUAAAUCUUUUGCCAAAUGCAUGCUUGCCUUUUAUUUUCUAAUAUAUGAUAAUAAGGAACAAAACUGGUUAGAUUUUGCAUGAAGUGGAUCUGAAAGGUAAGAGGAAAACAGACUUUGGAGGUUGUUUAGUUUUGAAUUUCUGACAGAGAUAAAGUAGUUUAAAAUCUCUGGUACACUGAUAACUCAAGCUUUUCAUUUUCUCAUACAGCUGUACAGAUUUAACUGGGACCAUCAGUUUUAAACUGUUGUCAAGCUAACUAAUAAUAAUCUGCUUUAAGAUGCAAGACUCUGAAUUAAACUUUAUAUAGGUAUAGAUACAUCUGUUGUUUCUUUGUAUUUCAGGAAAGGUAAUAGUAGUUUUAUUUGAUACUGAUAAAUAUUGAAUUGAUUUUUUUAGUUAUUUUUUAUCAUUUUUUCAAUGGAGUAGUAUAGGACUGUGCUUUGUCCUUUUUAUGAAUGAAAAAAAAUUAGUAUAAAGUAAUAAAUGUCUUACUGUUACCUAAGAAA